UGUCGCUGUGAACAGGAAGAGGCUCGUGGCGAUCCUCUUGGUGAUGAGCCUGGCUGCUCUCGCUGCUGCCUGCUGGGGAAUCGUGCAGCUGACGUGGAGGCAGCGGGCAGAGGAUGUGCUGCAGAUUGGCUUUUCUGGUGGCCGCGUGGAACAAUCUCCCUGUCUGAGGAACGAGGUCGUGUGCCUGGCUGAUGAGAUGGACACCAUGAAGAAAGCGAUGCUGCAGCCGGACGAUUUCCCGACCUGCUGCUGGCCCUUCCAAGAGUCUGGGAGCGAGGUGCUGAGCUGGUUACCGGCACAAAUACCUCUGCAGGCCGUCAGUGUGCAGCAGAGCUCCGAGAGAGCCUCUCCGCUGGGGACUGCCAUCAGCGCCCGCCGAGAUGUUGCUGUCUGUGGCCUGGAUGAGGAAGGCGAGGAGGCAACUCUGCUGGGGACGUGGAGCUGCAGCAGGCAGGAGAAGCCCCACCAGAGCUUGCCUCUGCAGAAUGGGAUCCCCGGCGCCUUUCAGCUCACAAAUCCUGGCAAUUGGAGCAGCUCGGGAACCCCAGCACAGAGGCUGAUAGAUCGGGUGCUGGCGAUGGGGAAGAUGGUGGGAAGAUGGUGGGCGUCAUUAGACCUGUUUUCUUCAAUAAAAUUUCCCGUGUAAAAAGGAGACUCAGGCCAGAGGGAUGCGGCUGUUGGUCUGGUGCAGAGCAAGGUGGUCUCAGAGGCCCUCUCCGAGCUGCCAGCUCCUGCCUUUCGCAGGCAGAGGCCUUCCUCAGGCUUUGCGCUUUCAUCCACCAAGGGCAUCUUUCCUGACCCGGCAAAAGGAGACGACGCUCCUGAAGCCUUUCCCUGCCUCAGGUCCUUGGCAAAAU